GGGCGUGUCCUCGGCAGGCUGUGGGGUGGGCGGCGCUGCUGGCUCCAGCGCAGUUCGGUCCUCAAAAGAGCCCCAGGAAAACAAUGAAUCUGUUUCUGGAGCUUCUCCUGUUCCUGGCCACGCUUCUCUAUUCCUACCUGGAGGCUUUUGUGAAGCUGUUCGUGCCUGUGAGGAGAAAGUCUCUCGCCGGGGAGCUGGUGCUCAUCACGGGCGCUGGCCAUGGCGUCGGGCGAGCGACCGCCUUGGAGUUCGCCAAGCGCCAGAGCAGGCUGGUCCUGUGGGACAUCAACAAGCACGGCGUUGAGGAGACGGCAGCAGAAUGCCAGAAGCUGGGAGCCACUGUUCAAACCUUCGUGGUGGACUGCAGCAAACGGGAGGAGAUCUACAGCACUGCAGACAAGGUGAAGAAGGAUAUUGGGGAUGUGACUGUCCUGGUGAACAAUGUUGGUGUGAUUACAGCUGCCGACUUUCUCUCGACUCAGGACCACCAGAUAGAAAGGAUGUUUGAAGUCAACAUUCUGGGCCACAUGUGGACCACGAGAGCUUUCCUGCCAGUCAUGAUGAACAACAACUAUGGGCACAUUGUCACCGUGGCUUCAGCAGCAGGUCAUUUUGUGACUCCUUUCAUGGUGGCAUAUUGCUCAAGCAAGUUCGCUGCAGUUGGAUUUCAUAAAGGUCUGACAGAGGAGCUCUCAGCCCUUGGAAAGGAUGGAAUCAAAACAACGUGCCUUUGUCCUGUUUUUAUAAACACUGGAUUUGUCAAAAACCCCAGUACAAGGCUUGGAAAGAUUUUGGAGAUUGAAGAAGUCGUACAGGCUUUGAUGGAAGGAAUAGUGACCAACCAGAAAAUGGUUUUCGUUCCACCACAGCUAAACAUUGCUUUGCUUUCUGAAAUGGUGUUUCCAGAGCGUGCCCUGAACGUUCUGAAGAAGAUGACCACUCCAAAGUUUGAUGCAGUCAUUGGGCAGAGAAGCACACGGUGAAAAGCAAGAAUUGAUUCUCAUUUCCCAGAGGCACCAGUGAAAAGAGAACAUGUGCUGAGCAUAGUUCAGCUGCCUGGAUUCAAAACAGAGCUCAGGCAGGGGCUUCCAGGCCACCAUUCCCAGGCACACCUAAGGGCUUAUCCCACACCUGCAGCUGGAACACAGCUGUAUAACAGGGUGUAAUAAUAGCAGGCUGCAUAAUAGCAAAGCAGUGAUGCAGCUCUAGAAGGGCUGCUUUCAAUGUAUAUCCCAUCACCUUUGUCUCAUUGUGCUGGGGCAGGCAGGAUGCUCACAAAGCCCAUGUUUGGGACAACACAGCUCCUUAGUUGAGUGCAAAGAUAUUGCCUGAGAACAUGUUAAUCUGGACUCAUCCCUAAGCAAAAGCAUUUUGCAAGAAGCAAUUUAUAGAGGAGGUGGGUGGCCUGUUUCAUCUUACUUAAUAAUUUUAAAUUUAAAAAAUGUGCUCUAAUGAACACUUAGAGUUUCGUGUGCGUUUAAAAUGAGCAUUAUUGAAUUAAUUAUUUGUAUUACUGAAAUAAUACAGCCUUAUUUGUAAUGUAAUGCCUAAUUACAACAUUUAUCAAUUAUGCAUUAGCACCACCAAAACUCCAUAUUGCAAAUAAAUACAUUUUUCUAACCCAAA